ACACUUUACAGCAGGAUGGACGGUCAAGCUACGAUUCUCUUCGCUACGCUUUGUGCUCUGGUUUUGCUCUCUGCCUCCGUUGCGGCAGACUCAGCAGGCGAAGAAGGCUCUUGUCCAAGGCAGAUGGCAAACAGCAACGUGAACAACAUCACCGUGCUGGCUCCACCGGGACCGAAGGGAGACACGGGACCGCCGGGCCCGAGGGGCGUUCGCGGGGAGAAGGGAGAGGGCGGCCGCCCCGGGAAGCUCGGACCGCCAGGCUUGGAGGGCGAGAAGGGUGAGAGAGGAGCGAAGGGAAAGAAAGGGGUCCAAGGUGUAGAAGGCUUUACCGGAGGAGCUGUUUAUAUCCGGUGGGGGAGGACGUCGUGUGACGAGGGUAUGGGCACCGUAACUAUGUACUCUGGACGCGCUGGCGGAGCGUUCUAUAACAAUAAAGGCGGUGGGAGCAACUACCAGUGCCUCCCUUUGGACCCAGAAUGGGGCCGGUACGAAGAUGGAAAUCAGGGAUGGAGGUCCUCUAUGUAUGGCGCGGAGUACGAACUCGACACAAACGUACCGUACAACAAGGCAAGCCUUCACGACCAAGAUGUGCCGUGCUCGGUUUGCUACAGCCUCUCCCGCCGCGCGCAGCUGAUGAUCCCGGCCCGCAAGACCUGCCCGGAAGGCUGGACCCGGGAGUACGGAGGCUACCUGAUGGCUGAUCACUACAACCAUCACCGCACGGAGUUCGUGUGCAUGGACGGGGAGCCCGAGGUACUGCCAGGCGGGGAAGGGAACGACAACGGUGCGCUGUUUUACCCCGUGGAGGCCCGCUGUGGCUCGCUGCCGUGUCCGCCAUACGUGGAGGGAAGAGAGCUGACCUGUGUCGUGUGCACAAAAUAGUCAGGUAACAGUGACGUAAUAUAGCAUCCGUUCUGCAGCUCGGUGAAAGACAAAAGCGAAUUUUGUGAUAUUCCAAACUGUUGACUCACUUCUGGGUGAAGAUGAUAGCAUUUGCCCCACAAUUACAAAAUCAAUAUGCAAAAAUAGUAUUGCCUUCAUUGCAAUCUUUGCCUGUACGUUCCGAAUGACUAGCCGCCAUGAUGGAUCCACCCAGCCCACCAACAUGGCGGUGACAAAAGAUAUUCAUUGUUAUACCGUGAAAGUAAAUACAAAUACAUUGUACUAAAACGUCAAGUUACAUAGAAUCCUUAGUUAGAUCUCUACGUAAAAAAAAAACGCUGUAAUGGUUAUAACCUUGCCUUGAAUUUGUCACUGUUAUGGUUCUAUUUACUGUAGUUCAAAAACAAACAUAGCUCAAAGACCCCUUGAAGGUUACUUAAACCUAGAACAGAAUUGACAUUAAUGAGAGACAAUGAAAUGAGUUACCUUUAGUAGUUUUAAAUA